AAAACCACUGGGAAAAGAUUCAAAAAAAUUAUUUCUGAGUGCGAGAAUGUGUGCCCGGUCGGCUGAAUUUUUUUAAUGGUUUUAUACUGCGGUUUUAUUUUUAUGUGCUGUCUAAACUUCCCCAAUUUCGACCAUAAAAAAACCUUCUCAGUAAGUUCUAUCGAAUCCGCUAUAUUUUGGUGCGGAUUAAAGAAGCAGAGGCGUGUAUGUUUGAGAAGAAGGCAGACGAAGCACGGUGGGAAGCAGAAAGCAUCAGGAGGAUGGCUAUGGUUCAGACUUCAGAGUGGGAAGGUGUCAAGGUGGAAGAAGAGAACGCCAAGAAGAUGAGCGAUUUGUGCCCGCUGGAAACUAAGGAACGGAGGAGGGAUAAACUGGAGGAGCUUAAGACGCUGGAGAAAUCACACUGUGAUUACCACAAGAUGAAGAUCAGAAUGCAGAGUGAGAUUGCUGGCUUGUUCCCAUUCUAUUUCGCAGUUUACACAUUCCAGAGUUGAGUACCAUUUGUUUGAUGAAAUGCUCCAAUGAACUCAACGAAUGGAACAUUGAAUGGUGGGUGAGAGAAAUCAUUGAGUUCACAAGUGUUCUGCAUUCUAGUCCAAUCAUGCACAAACCAAAGCAGCAGGAUAUAACGUUCGUUGUGGGACUGCUAAUACCGUCAGCUCCUCCUGCACACUCCAAAGAACCAGAUCAAAGAUGUCAACUAUUUCGUAGAAAGGUUGAAGAGUUUCAAUUGGAGCAAGCUUUGAUUGAACGUUUAAGGAGUGCAUGAUAGCAUGAUUUUUCAUUUGUUCAGUUUAUGCUAAGGCUUUCAUUUGUAUUAUAGGAAUCUAGGUAGGCUAAACUUGCAACUAAUUGGGAU